UUUUUUUUUGUUCUGAGUUAUUUUGGGUGAUUUAGUUUGCAGGGAACAUAUCCCAGCUGCAGGCUGUGCCGGAGGGAUGCGGCAGCUUCCUAGAACGGGGUGAAUUCACCAGAAGUAUUCGAUGCUCCAGCUGAUGCAUCUGAAGUGCUGUGCCAUCUGGAGCAAAAAUUAAAUACUAAUUUGGCCCCUGGCCCGGAAAAAUAACAACCCUGUGUCCUGCUAAGAACUGGCAGUGGAAGGAUAGAGCCCCUGACAGAAGAACUGCUUGGGGGCAAUGUGGAAGGAGCCCAAAAUGCACUAAUUAAGCCUACCCAUGAGCUCGGACUUCCAGCAUUACAGUUUCAGGAUGCCGAACAUCGGGUUCCAGAACCUUCCUCUCAACAUAUACAUCGUGGUUUUCGGCACGGCCAUCUUCGUCUUCAUCCUCAGUUUGCUCUUCUGUUGCUACUUGAUCAGGCUCAGGCACCAGGCACACAAAGAGCUUUACGCCUACAAACAGGUUAUACUCAAGGAGAAGGUGAAGGAGCUGAACCUCCACGAGAUCUGCGCCGUGUGCCUGGAGGAGUUCAAGCCCAAGGACGAGCUGGGAAUCUGUCCCUGCAAACAUGCCUUCCACAGGAAGUGCCUCAUCAAGUGGCUGGAGGUGCGGAAGGUGUGCCCGCUGUGUAACAUGCCGGUGCUGCAGCUGGCACAGCUCCACGGGAAGCCGGAUCCCGGCCCCCCCCAGGGCCCCCUGCCCGGGGCCCAGAACAUCGUAUAGUGCCCUCCGGGGCCGGGCCGGGGCCGCUCCCGCCCGCGGCACUCGGACACAGCCAAAGCACCGGGGACGCAGCCGGGGAGCCCCAAAUCCCGACGGAUGAAGGGCCUGACCCUCGAGCCCAGGCUCGGUUCCUCUGCCGGGGUGAGGAGGGGGCUCGGGAUCCUCAGCACCACAUCCUUCUUCCAGCACACCCCUUCUCCAGCGCCGCGGCCGCCGGGAAGCAGCGCGGUGGCACCUGGAACGCCUCGACGUCCUCCCCCAGCUCUCGGUGCCUCCCGCGCCCGCCGACGGUGCCCCAAACACUGGGGGGACCCUGGAGCACCACGGCCGGUUCUUGCUCCCUCCUCUUUGCCUUUGGUUCCUUUGCCUUUGCCAUUCCCACCAGGAAAUGGGGUCUGCCCCCCGGGAUCGUGCGGUUGGGUGCCCCCUCAGCGCCGGUGUCACCCCCGGGGGGCAGCGGGUGGUGGCUGUGUGGGGUCUGCUGGGUUUGGAUUCCCCACCCGCCCUGCCUGGGGGUGGUUGUCCCCCUCCUCGGCUACCUCAGGAGUCCCUGGAAUGGGCACCAUCUUGGUGUCACCCAAUAGCAGUGAGAGCCAUGGCAUGGAGGGGGCAGGCAAAAAUCCUGGCUUUUGGGAUCAUCCCAUUGCUUCCAGCCUGGCCCUGGGGGUCUCUGGGCAGCCCCCCAAACCCACCAUUCUCAUGGUGGGGAGCUGGGCCACCCCCUCACCUCUCCAGCCACAGAUCCGGGUGUCCCCCGCCAUCCUCACAACUCGUAUUCCCUGGAUUUUGGGGAGGGGGGGGUGUCAGUAUUACACGGCAGCGGCUUUCCCGGGUGCAGGGCUGGGGGUGCUCCGGGUGCCGUCCCCCCAUCCCGUAAAUUCCUCCCAGGACUGUUUAUGGAGCGUGGAGCCUCAUAGACGUGUUUGUACACUACGGAUUCUGCAGCAGAAUAUUUUUUAAAACAUUCGCUGUUUUGGUUUUUGUUUUUUUUCCUCUUGUUCGUUUGGUUUUUUUGUAAGCUCUAUUUUUGUAUAUUUAAUUGCUAUUUGGAAAUUCUAAUAAUGCGUCUUUUUUGCUAAUCACACUCUUCUUAAGGAAAGGAAAAAAAAACAUACAAAAAAAACCAACAAAAAAACAAACAAACCAAGAGUUCGCAUGUGAUUUGACUUGAAAUGUAAAUAAAAGCAGGUUUUGGAAGCG